AUGGCUACAUUCCAACAAACAGUCGAUACAUAUAUUAUGUGUGGUCCUUUUAUGAAAAAAACCGCACGCCCAAAUGUUCAAUCUUCUAUUGAUCAAAUCCAUGAAGAAGUGCGUGAUAUGUAUGGUUUGCAUUUACCUGAUUAUUGGUGCCUGAGCUUUUAUAGUAAUGAGUUAAAAAACUUGAAUAUACUUAAUCAAAAUAUAUUAGACUCUCGAUUGAAUCCAUAUCAAUUAAAUUCGCCUAUCAAUGUUAAAGACGUCAACGAUGUAUUUCAAGGUAUCUUAUUAUUUGUUGUUGAUCGUGCAACUGAAGACUUAGACUAUGCUACAUCGUCAGAUGCUCUUGAUUUGCCAACGUUGAUAAAUGUAGAGGCACGAUCCGAAGAAGAUGUACCUGUAAAUAACUACGCUGCAAUAGACCAUAACGAAUCUCAUACAAAACAUCUAUCUCAUGCAUUGCUUCAAGAAGAACCGACUGAUACAACGAUGAUGAAUAUACAAACAGAUCAAAUAUGCGCAAUCGGUCAGUAUAAUAUGCAACACUCAUCAUAUAAAUAUUCUACUCAAAAUCAACCUGAUGAUAUUUCCCAUUCGAAUCAAAUCAUUUCCGAUAAUGACCCUGGUCUAGAAAAUAUAAUCAAUGAAGCAUUAUUUAUUUUGGAUCCAUUAAAUCAAAGCUUGAAUGUUAACCCCUGUACAUCAAAACCUAUUACAAUUACAGUCGGUCGUGCAGUUCCUUCACAACAAGAUUGUUCCUUGUUAACUUCAAGCUUGAAUUGUUCUCAAAGUUUGAAUGAACUAAACGUAUCACCAAAUCAACAGAGCCAGCGUUUACAUUUUUCACUUGAUCUCAAGCGCGAAUCAAGACGUAGAUAUAAAUCUGAUCAAUACAAUCAAAAACAAGCGGCAAAAUCCAAUGGUUAUAUUUCUCGCAUACAAGGCAUUAAGACAAAUAGACCAGCAAAGUCCUCAGUACUACCAAGACUUCGGAUACCUAAAAUAUAUCGAAAAAAUCCCAAUGCAACACUUGACAUUUUUGUUGUCACGGAAAAAUUAAACAAUGGAAAACGAAGUUGGGUGAAAGAUCGCAAUAGAGGAUUUCUACCAAAAUGUUUUACACGUCAUACAAAGCCCACUAAUCCUAUUGAAUUUCAUACACUUCAAACUUGUCUCAAAGAUCACGGCGAACUCAUAUUAGAUCUUCGAAUGACAACUUUGUGGGAUAAAUCAGAUUCACCAGAUGAAGAAAUAUAUAGUCUUAGUGAACAAUUGGCUAUUGCAUUACAUCCAGCACAACAUGAAUCAUCAUCACGUUUAUUGUGUGUUAUUAAAGAUAAAAUUAAAAAUUCAUACCGAUGGGAAACAGCCUGUCUAUCGAACUUCAUUGGAUUAAGCAAAAAACCGAAACCGAAACCGAAAUCAGAAAAUAGUAAUACUAAAAGUUCGAAUUGUAUUCACUGUUAA